AACUCACCUCGGCGUAGAGAGAAAUCUUUCGGUUUUUGUUUAAUUUUGAACCACUUCGCUUUUUAAAGACAUCUCUCUUCUUUUUAAACAAACAAGCCAAAAAGGGGGGAAAUAGAUCUUUUUGGAAAGGUGGUUGUGCUCGAUUUGAGUCUUCAAAGACCACGGCUCUCCUUGGCGUAGAUGGACUGGGGGUCUCUUCUUCCAUCUCUUUACCUAUCCAUCUAUUUGAACUCAAAAGGAGGAAGUCGAGAAUUGCAAAGUUGAAGGGUGGGGAAAAGAGAGAGAAGGAACACGCCCUGAGCGGCUGCGUUUCCACUUCUGCUUGUCGCCCUUUCUGCUCCUGCUGGUGCCGAUAAACACAAAUCAAGGGGGAAUAAAAUAUCCCCCCCCACUCCCGGCUUGGAAAAAAACGAGCCAUGUUCGCCCGAGAUCCUCGGUGACCCUGUGUUGGUGGCCGCAGGAUCGUGACCAAACCAGAGCGCAGAGGAAAGAAAGACCAUGGGCAGCAAGGAGAGAUUCCACUGGCAGAGCCACAAUGUCAAACAGAGCGGCGUGGAUGACAUGGUCCUUCUCUCCAAAAUCCACGAGGAUGCCAUAGUGGAAAACCUGAAGAAGCGUUUCAUGGAUGAUUAUAUUUUCACCUACAUCGGACCGGUUCUCAUUUCCGUCAACCCAUUCAAACAGAUGCCUUACUUUACGGACCGAGAAGUGGAACUGUACCAAGGAGCGGCUCAAUACGAAAACCCACCCCACAUCUAUGCGCUGACGGACAACAUGUAUCGCAACAUGCUCAUUGAUGGGGAGAACCAGUGUGUCAUCAUCAGCGGCGAAAGCGGCGCCGGGAAGACCGUGGCGGCGAAAUACAUUAUGGGAUAUAUUUCUAAAGUUUCUGGCGGUGGCGAAAAAGUCCAGCACGUGAAAGACAUCAUCCUCCAGUCAAACCCACUCCUUGAAGCUUUUGGGAAUGCCAAGACAGUUCGAAACAACAACUCCAGCCGAUUCGGGAAAUACUUUGAAAUCCAGUUCAGCCGCGGAGGAGAACCCGACGGAGGCAAAAUCUCCAACUUCCUGCUGGAAAAAUCCCGGGUCGUCACCCAGAACGAGAACGAGAGAAACUUCCACGUUUACUACCAGCUUAUCGAAGGCGCCACGCCAGAUCAGAAACAUAACUUGGGAAUCGUCAGCCCGGACUAUUAUUAUUAUCUGAACCAGUCUGAAACGUACAUCGUGGACGGGACAGACGAUCGGAGCGAUUUUCACGAGACCAUGAAUGCCAUGGACGUGAUUGGCAUCACGGGCCAAGACAAGCAGCUGGUUCUUCAGAUCAUCGCUGGCAUCCUCCACCUUGGCAACAUUGGGUUUCAGGAGCACGGAAAUUACGCCCAGGUCGAGAACUCAGACCUGCUUGCUUUUCCGGCUUACCUCUUGGGGAUCGACAAGGUCCGCUUGAACGAAAAGCUCACCAGUCGGCAGAUGGACAGCAAGUGGGGCGGACAGUCAGAGUCCAUCAAUGUGACCCUCAACGUGGAGCAAGCGUCCUAUACCCGAGAUGCCCUUGCCAAAGGACUGUACUCCCGGGUCUUUGACUUUCUUGUUGAGUCCAUCAACAGGGCUAUGCAGAAGCCUUAUGAAGAAUACAGCAUCGGUGUUUUAGACAUUUACGGCUUUGAAAUAUUCCAGAGAAACGGUUUUGAACAAUUCUGCAUUAAUUUUGUAAAUGAGAAACUCCAGCAGAUUUUCAUCGAGUUGACCCUGAAAGCAGAACAGGAAGAAUACGUCCAAGAAGGAAUCAAAUGGACCCCAAUUGAAUAUUUUAACAACAAAGUGGUGUGCGACCUUAUUGAAAACAAAGUGAAUCCCCCUGGCAUCAUGAGUGUCCUGGAUGACGUUUGCGCCACCAUGCACGCAAAGGGCGACGGGGCGGACCAGACACUGCUUCAGAAGCUGCAGGCAGCCGUGGGAAACCACGAGCAUUUCAACAGCUCGAGUUCCGGAUUCGUGAUCCACCAUUACGCUGGCAAGGUAUCCUACGAAGCAAGCGGCUUUUGUGAAAAGAACCGAGACGUCCUCUUCACAGACUUGAUAGAACUGAUGCAAAGUAGUGAAUUCCCUUUUAUCAGGAUGCUUUUCCCAGAAAAACUCGGUGCGGAGAAAAAGGGACGACCCACCACAGCCGGGAGCAAAAUCAAGAAACAGGCCAACGAUCUUGUGAACACGUUGAUGAAAUGCACUCCACAUUAUAUCCGGUGCAUUAAGCCCAACGAGACCAAGAGGCCCAGAGACUGGGAAGAGAGCAGGGUGAAGCACCAGGUGGAGUACUUGGGGCUGAAGGAGAAUAUCAGAGUCCGCCGAGCGGGUUUCGCCUACCGCAGGUUGUUCCAAAAAUUCCUUCAAAGGUAUGCCAUCCUGACCACAGAGACCUGGCCAAGGUGGCGGGGAGAUGAACGCCAAGGGGUCCAGCACUUGUUGAGGUCCGUCAACAUGGAUGCAGACCAGUAUCAGAUGGGGCGCACAAAGGUUUUUGUGAAGAACCCCGAGUCGCUCUUUCUUCUGGAGGAGAUGAGGGAACGCAAGUUUGACGGAUACGCCCGGAUCAUCCAGAAGGCGUGGCGCCGUCACAUCGCCAUCCGGAAAUAUGAGCAAAUGAGAGAGGAAGCAUCUCACAUCCUGUACAACUUCAAAGAGAGGCGGCGGAACAGCAUCAACCGGAACUUUGUGGGCGAUUACCUGGGGAUGGAGGACAAGCCGGAGUUGCGGCAAUUCUUGAGCAAGCGAGAGAGGAUCGAUUUUGCCGACUCCAUUACCAAGUACGACCGGCGAUUUAAGCCUAUCAAGCGGGACUUCAUCCUGACCCCAAAAUACUUCUACAUGAUUGGUCGAGAGAAGGUCAAAAAAGGUCCAGAAAAAGGCCAGAUCCGGGAGGUGUUGAAGAAGAAGGUGGAGAUCCAAACGCUCAACCGAGUGUCCCUCAGCACCAAACAGGAUGACUUCUUCAUCCUUCACGAAGCCGAAACCGACAUCUUCCUCGAGUCCAUCUUCAAGACCGAACUCAUCAGCCUUCUCUGUAAACGCUACGAAGAGGUGACCCAGAAAAAACUUCACCUCAGUUUCAGCGACACACUACAAUUCCGCGUGAAGAAGGAAGGCUGGGGUGGAGGUGGCUCCCGGACGGUGACCUUUACGGGGGGACAAGGCAACGUGGCUCUCCUCAAAGCCUCGGGGAAGACUCUGACCAUCUCCAUCGGAAGUGGGCUACCCAAGAACUCAAAACCCACCAAGAAAGGGAUGCAACAAAGCAAAGGUUACCUGAGGCAACAAGCCCCAAAGCGGGGGGCACUGCCAGCCCCAAGAGGACAAAUGCCUGCCGCUGCUUGCCGGAAUGGGGCACCCCAGUUCCCUCGCAGCACCCCACCCCAAGAACACACCUCCACCAGGAGGCCGGGGCAUGGCCCUCCGCCAGCCACGGCCCUCCCCAGGCAAGGGGUCAGCCGCCGGGCAAAGGCACCUACACCGUCCAGCCACAGCAUGGAGUUCCUCAACGUCCCAGACCAGGGAAUGGCAGGGACACAGAGGAAGAGGAGCAUCGGACAGAGGCCUCCACCCGCCGCCGGGCGGCCCAAGCCUCAACCCAAAUCAUCCGGGCCCCGCUGCCGCGCUCUGUACCAGUACCUGGGACAGGAUGUAGAUGAACUCAGCUUCAAUGUGGGCGACAUGAUUGAUCUCUUGAUGGAAGAUGCCUCCGGGUGGUGGAAGGGGCGUCUUCACGGACGUGAAGGGCUCUUUCCUGGAAAUUAUGUCCAGAAACUCUGAGCAAAGCUGCACUGAGCAGCUCCAAAAUGAGACAGAAAUGAAGCAAGGACAAGGUUGUACAAACUGGGUGCCAUCAGGAUUCGGGUCUGGGUAAAGCAACCCCCGGGCAGCUUCCCACCCAAGACUGCAGGCAAGACAGCUGCCAAAAAUGACCGUCUGCAAAGCAGCUAAAACCUGGGAGACCCCAAGCUGGAGGUAUGAGCAAGAAGCCGGAAAGUCAAGCCUAAGACGUGCACAAACGGAAGUAUUGAAUUAAUGUUACGAUCGCUCUGGUGCUAAUUCAGUGAAGGGGAGGAGCAGGGGAAAAUAUUUUAAGUCAUUGGGGGUUAAUCCGCUUGUGCCAUGACCUUCCUUGCACACAGCGCUGCUUUUGAUGCAGAAGGGGGAGGUUAAAAGAAAUUAAAAUGGACGCUCUGGAAAUGUCUGUGUUGGUUUUCAAAUGUGUGCCCUACACUACAGUGUCCAUCAGCCACAACCAGCAUCAGAAAGACCGAUUGGGGGGGGUUUGCCACCUAGAAUAGCCAACCUCUGACUCCUUCUUCCUAGAGCCGAGCGAAGCUUCCCUGUUUUUAAAGAAACAUCACCAGCCAGCAAUAAAAGUAAAAUAUAAACUUUUAUUUAGAAUUAAAGCAAAUACUCCGGUAUUGCAAACACACAAUAUUAAACUUCCAGGGGAAUAUAUGUGGCUAAUUUGGAGUGAGCGUUGCUAUUUUCGCACAGUCACGACAUGCG